AUGGCUAUGAUAGGGCAGAUUUACGUGGAGAAGCUUUCCCCCAAGCCAGCUCCAGCCAAUCCACCACAUCCCAUUAUCUUCAUUGCAGGCGCAGCUCAAACUGGCACUAAUUUCCUGGACACUCCAGACGGCCGGCCAGGCUGGGCAUCGUAUUUCAUCUCCAAGGGCCACACAGUCUAUCUCUCCGACCAACCUGCACGCGGCCGGUCCUUCUGGUAUCCCACACAGGGCAGAAUCGGGUACCUUGGCUCCCCCGAUGCUGUUUCUGAUCUGUUCACGGACGUAGCAAACAACAACGACCAAUGGCCACAAGCGAAGCUUCAUACGCAAUGGCCCGGCACCGGCCGCAUUGGCGACUCAACUUUCGACGCUUUCUACAGGAGCCAAAUGCAGUUCCAGAUCGACCGCUUCAUCAGCGAAGAACAAAAUGCGCAAGCAUAUGCAGCCCUAGUCGACCUCAUAGGCGACUGUUAUAUCAUCAGUCACUCACAAGCGGGUGCAUACGGCUGGAGGGUCGGAGACAUGCGCCCCGACCUCGUAAAAGGUUUAAUCCAACUCGAGCCAUCAGGCCCACCAUUCACGCUGCGCCCACCAAUUGGAAAUGACCCAGCGUUCGCAUUCGGUCUCACCGACCUGGAAAUCGGAUACGAGCCGUCUGCGGGCAGUAAUGCCGAGAACAUUGAGACAACUAUCGAGCCAGCCAUCGACGCCGACCACGACGAGUGCAUUAUGCAGAAGUCCCCUGCGAAGCAGUUGACGAAUCUGGGCAGAAUCCCGGAACUGGUUGUUACGGGCGAAGCGUCGUUUCAUGCGCCUAUUGAUUACUGUACUGUCAAGUAUCUGGAGCAGGUUGGUGUAGAUGUUGAGUUCGCGGAUCUAGGCAAGGAGGGUAUUCAUGGCAAUGGACAUAUGUUUUUCAUGGAAAAGAAUAACCUUGAUAUCGCAGAUCGGGUGUAUCAGUGGCUGGAGAGACUCUAG